AUGAACUUAUCAAUCCUCAAAAAGAGAUCAUGUGUGACCUGUCACAUAGACUUUUUCAACGAAGUUACACGAAGUAGGGACAACAGAGAAGUAGUAAUUGUGCUAUAUUUCGAUAUAACAAAAGCCUUCGACAGAGUUCCCCAUUAUCUGCUAGUCAGCAGGUUAUGCUCACUAGGGAUAUGUGACCCUCUCCUGAGCUGGAUAAAAUCAUUUCUCUGUGGCCGAAGUCAGACAAUGAAAGUUGGCUCGAUAAUCUCAAGGCCUAA